AUGUGUCGAUUUCUAGAUACUCGACGUCCGGUCAACGGCGAUGGUUUCGGCGUAGGAUUCUACACAUCUCCCCAGCUCAGCCCGGAUCCCUGUAUCUUCACCUCCACCCUCCCUGCCUGGAAUUGUGAUAACCUCGAACGAAUUGCGUCCAAAACAUGCUCGUCACUCAUAUUCGCGCAUGUACGGGCAACGACGGAAGGGUCCCUAGCAGAGAACAACUGCCACCCGUUUCAGCACAACACGCUCAUGUGGAUGCAUAAUGGGAACUUGGGAGGAUGGCAGCACAUAAAACGACCGCUCGGUGACUCGCUGGCCGACAAGUGGUAUCUGGGCAUCAAGGGAGGAACCGAUAGCGAGUGGGCAUUCGCUCUCUUCUUGGAUCUGAUGGCGAAAGAAGGAGUUGACCCCAGCGCGGCGCCGGAGGGAGGAUUCGGCCCUGAGCUGUUGCGAGGAGUGAUGACCAAGACGAUCAGGAAAAUCAACGAUUUCAUUGCUGCCAUUCCAAAGGAAUAUGCCAUGACCGACCUCGAGACCAGGAGUCUCCUCAACUUCGCGGUAACGGAUGGACAUUCUGUUAUCUGCACACGCUAUGUGAGCAGCAAAACAGACGAGGCUGCCAGCUUGUACUUUUCGUCUGGAACGAAGUGGAAAGAAGGCAAAACCAAGGGGCAUUUCAAGAUGGAAAGACACGACAAGGGAGCAGACAUCGUCCUUGUUGCUAGUGAACCGCUCACAUUCGAGAGAAAUAACUGGGUGACCGUACCAACAAACUCCAUUCUCACCAUCCACAAGCAGAAGGUCCUCAUACAUCCUAUUAUCGAUGAAUUCUAUGACGGGGAUCCAAACCACGGCCGAUCUUCUGGGUUUGCCGUCUCCAAAGGCCUCGUCAGCAAAGCCCCUGGAACCACCGUUGCCCCUGAAAGUGAGACCGUCCCGACAUCGAACGUGUCGACUACCGCCAGCACUCCAGCAUGCGGUGUCAAACGGGAGAUCGACAGUCCAAGCCUAGAGAUGCACAGGAAUGUUACUGGAGUCGCCCUUCCUUCCUAA